GAUUUUUCUUUUAUAUAUAACUUCACACCAACUUAAUUGCUUACUUCAUUUCAAUAUAAUUCAUUCUCCAUAUCAAUUUCUUCGGACUUCAAGUUAAAUUCAAUUAGAAAGUUCAAUUCAUAUUCUUUUGAUAAAAAUGAAGGCAAUUCAAGCAAAUCGAGCUCUCCUCACGAGAGUCUAUAACCUAGGGACAGGAAAGACAAUAGGACAAGGAGCUGAAGUCAAAGAAGUUCCAAAUCCUACCAUCUCAGAACAUGAAGUCCUCGUCAAGGUUAAUAUCGUAGCCUUGAAUGCAAUCGACUACAAAUACAUCGAUCUUCUGUCUCCAAAAAAUAGCCGAAUUGGUUGUGACUACGCUGGCGAGGUGACACAAGUUGGAGCGAGUGCGAGAGGCAAUUGGAUGGUAGGAGAUCGCAUUGCUGGAAUGGUGCACGGUGGUGUUUUUCGAGAUCAAGGUGCUUUUGCCGAAUUCCUCAGCAUCGACGGAGAUCUCGCGUGGCACAUACCAGAAGGGAUGAAAGAUGAAGAUGCAGCAACAUACGGAAUCUCGGCAACAACAGCGAUGUUGGCCCUAAACGUUCAUUUGGAGGUUCCAUGGGUGGAUGAGACAGCAAAAUCUGCUGAAACGAAGAACACCAUUCUUAUUUACUCGGGCUCCACCGCUGUUGGGUUGUUUGCUAUACAAUUGGCAAAAGCUGCAGGUUACGAGGUUAUAACAACAGCCUCCCCGAAAUCACAAGACCUAGUGAAACGAUAUGGUGCUGACGCAGUUUUCGACUAUCGAUCUUCAACUGCCAUUGAGGAAAUCAGAAAACAAUUUCCUAACAUUAGCAAAGCAUUGGAUUGCAUUUCAGAAGGACCUUCCUCUAACUUUUGUGCAGAGGUCAUGAGGGGAAACAGCGGAAAAGUCGUUUUACUUUUGGACAACGGGAAAUCCAAGGUACCCAAGGUAACCUAUAUCAAUAUCGUUAUAUUCACUGGGUUCGGGGUUGCAUUCGAAUGGCUGCCUCCAAUCGGGCCCAAAUUUCCGGCUAGUCCAGCAGACCGUGAGUCCCUGGCCCGCUUUUACGCUAUUCUACCAUCAGUUCUCAAAUCUUUAAAGGCUCCACCCGUUGAGUUUGUGAGGAAGAGUGGCUUUAAUGGUAUCUUUGAAGGCUUGAAUCUAAUUCGUGGUGGCAAGGUCUCGGGAAAGAAGUUGGUGGUGAAGAUUUAAUAUAGAAUGAAGCUGGUGGUUGUUAACCACUCUAAGGGCUGGUUUGGAUAUAAAAAUCCGCACUGAAUCCGCUGAACAAUCUGCUCUUUUUGAAAACAGAUCUUGAAUUUAUUUUUGAAUAUAAAGAGCUUUCA